CGGCCCCGCGGCCGCGCCGGAGGAGGAGGAGGAGAGGAGGGGAAGACGACGAGAGCGCUCCCGCGGGCGGCAGCGGAGCGGCGGCACCAAAAAACUGCGGCACGCAAAUCAGGAGGGAGCAGCGAACAUCACACCAGAGCCGCCCGGUUUCUGAUUGCUCCGCGGCAGGAGCGGGGAGAGACACACACACUGAGAGAGAGGGGCGAGUGGCGGAGACGGGGGGGACGGCGGCGGGAGAAGGUUUCGGCGAUGCCGCCCUGCAAGUUUUGCUUGAUGCGUUCGGGAGAGUGAAGGAGGUUCGCCGGCACUUCUCGCCCUCCUGCCCCGGGAGCUCGGCGGGGCGGGGGCGAGGCACUCCAAGCCUGAGAAGCUGAAGCCCCUCGGCGCUGCCUCCGGCCGGGGAUGCGGGGCACCGUGCGGCGCGGCCGGGGGAGGAGGCUGCUCCCGCCGACGAGGCUGCUGAGGCUGCCAGGGGCGCUCCUGCGGGGCUGAAGGUGCCACCGGGCAGAACCGCGGGAGGGAGCGGGGCGCGACCCCCGAGUCCUCGCCGCCACCGCCUCGAAGUUGCCGGAGCUCUCCCGGUUCCCAGGGCGGCUGCCGUGCUCCGGGACCCCGCCGGUGGAUGCUCCCGCCCCGGCCCGGGCAGCCCCCGGUGGCAUCGCGGGCAGUGCGGGCAGCGCAUCCCGCGUCCCCCCGCGCCGGCCUGAAGGAGGACGGGCAGCCCCCGCGGGCCGAGGGCGCGGGGAGCACCAGCCAUGGGGUGUUGUGAGAUGAAGGGAUUAUUGCUCUGGAGAGUCGGCCUCUUCCUCCCCCUGGUGACAGCGCGCCCCGCCGCCGCCGGGCACGUCGCCAGCAACCACGUUGUGUUACUUGAUACCACAGCUGCUCUUGGAGAACUGGGGUGGAAAACGUUCCCUUUGAAUGGGUGGGAUGCCAUAACUGAAAUGGAUGAACACAACCGUCCCAUUCACACUUACCAGGUGUGCAACGUGAUGGAACCAAACCAAAACAACUGGCUUCAAACCAACUGGAUCUCCCGGGAUGCUGCACAGAAAAUCUACGUGGAGAUGAAGUUCACCCUGAGGGACUGCAACAGCAUUCCUUGGGUACUGGGGACCUGCAAGGAAACUUUCAAUCUCUACUACAUGGAGUCAGAUGAGUCUCAUGGAGUAAAAUUCAAGCCAAACCAGUACAGUAAGAUUGACACUAUUGCAGCUGAUGAGAGCUUUACCCAGAUGGAUUUGGGCGACCGCAUCCUUAAACUCAACACGGAAGUCCGUGAGGUUGGGCCAAUAAACAAGAAAGGGUUUUAUCUUGCUUUUCAGGACAUUGGAGCCUGCAUUGCUUUGGUUUCAGUCCGUGUUUAUUACAAGAAGUGCCCUUUCACAGUCCGGAAUUUGGCCAUGUUUCCUGACACAAUUCCAAGGGUGGAUUCUUCCUCUCUGGUGGAGGUUCGGGGCUCCUGCGUGAAGAGCGCUGAGGAACGGGACACCCCAAAACUGUACUGUGGGGCAGAUGGGGAUUGGCUCGUGCCUCUGGGACGGUGCAUCUGCACCGUGGGAUAUGAAGAACUGGAGGGCUCCUGCCAUGCUUGCAGGCCUGGAUUCUAUAAAGCUUUUGCUGGAAAUGUGAAGUGUUCCAAAUGUCCUCCACAUAGUUUGACCCAUGUAGAAGCAACUUCUGUCUGUCAGUGUGAAAAAGGUUAUUUCAGAGCUGAAAAGGACCCACCAACCAUGGCAUGUACCAGGCCACCUUCUGCUCCGAGGAAUGUGGUUUUUAACAUUAACGAAACAGCUCUGAUGUUGGAGUGGAGCCCCCCGAGCGAUACUGGAGGAAGAAAGGAUCUCACUUACAGUGUCAUCUGUAAGAAAUGUGGCUCGGACGCCAGCCAGUGUGAGAUCUGUGGGGGAGGCAUCCGCUUCAUCCCCAGGCACACGGGGCUCACCAACUCCUCGGUGACGGUGCUCGACUUCGUGGCGCACGUGAACUACACCUUCGAAAUCGAAGCCACCAACGGGGUCUCGGAGCUGAGCUUCUCUCCCAAGCAGUUCACAGCCAUCACGGUGACCACAGACCAAGAUGCACCCACCUUGAUAGGUAUGGUAAGGAAGGACUGGGCUUCCCAAAACAGCAUUGCCCUCUCCUGGCAAGAGCCGGACUUUCCCCAUGGAGCAAUUCUGGACUACGAGAUCAAGUACUAUGAGAAAGUCUACCCACGGAUAGCGCCGGCAUUUUGGCACUACCUGCGGGUAGAAGAGCAUGAGCAGCUCAGCUAUUCCUCCACAAGGUCCAAGGCUCCAAGUGUUAUCAUCACAGGUCUCAAGCCAGCCACCAAGUAUAUAUUUCAUAUCAGAGUCAGGACGGCAGCAGGAUACAGCGGCUAUAGCCAGAAGUUUGAAUUUGAAACUGGAGAUGAAACUUCUGAUAUGGCUGCGGAGCAGGGGCAGAUUCUUGUCAUUGCCACUGCUGCUGUUGGUGGAUUCACUCUCCUGGUCAUCCUCACUUUGUUCUUCCUGAUCACUGGGAGAUGCCAGUGGUACAUAAAGGCCAAAAUGAAAUCUGAGGAGAAAAGAAGGGCUCAUUUGCAAAAUGGACAUUUGCGUUUCCCAGGACUCAAAACAUACAUUGAUCCAGACACGUAUGAAGACCCAUCUCUUGCUGUCCAUGAGUUUGCAAAGGAGAUAGAUCCUUCAAGAAUUCGUAUUGAAAGAGUUAUUGGGGCAGGUGAGUUUGGAGAAGUGUGCAGUGGACGUCUGAAGACACCAGGAAAAAGAGAGAUCCCUGUUGCAAUUAAAACUCUAAAAGGUGGCUAUAUGGACAGGCAGAGGAGAGAUUUCCUGAGGGAGGCCAGUAUCAUGGGACAAUUUGAUCACCCAAAUAUAAUUCGCCUCGAAGGAGUUGUUACAAAAAGAUCCUUUCCGACCAUUGGGGUGAAGUCUCUUUCGAGAUUCCUGAGGGCGGGAUUUUUAAAUAGCAUCCUGGCCUCACAUCCAGUGUCAGGAGGUGGAUCUUUACCCCCCAGCAUUUCCUCUGGCAGACCAGUAAUGAUUGUAGUUGAAUACAUGGAGAAUGGAUCCCUUGACUCCUUUCUGCGGAAGCACGACGGCCACUUCACAGUCAUCCAGCUGGUCGGAAUGCUGAGGGGGAUUGCCUCUGGCAUGAAGUACCUCUCAGACAUGGGGUACGUGCACCGGGACCUGGCAGCACGGAACAUCCUGGUCAACAGCAACCUCAUGUGCAAAGUCUCCGAUUUUGGUCUGUCACGAGUGCUGGAGGAUGACCCUGAAGCUGCUUACACGACAAGUGGUGGAAAGAUCCCCAUAAGGUGGACUGCUCCUGAAGCCAUAGCUUACCGCAAGUUCUCUUCGGCGAGCGACGCGUGGAGCUACGGGAUUGUCAUGUGGGAGGUGAUGUCCUACGGUGAGAGACCGUACUGGGAGAUGUCCAACCAGGAUGUUAUCCUGUCUAUUGAAGAGGGCUACAGGCUUCCAGCUCCCAUGGGCUGCCCAGCUUCUCUUCACCAACUAAUGCUUCACUGUUGGCAAAAGGAGAGGAACCACCGUCCAAAAUUCAGUGACAUUGUCAGCUUCCUGGACAAAUUGAUCCGCAAUCCAAGCACCCUUCACACCCUAGUGGAGGAUGUACUUGUAAUGCCAGAUUCACCUGGUGAAGUUCCAGAAUAUCCUUUGUUUGUGUCAGUCAGUGACUGGCUGGACUCCAUAAAAAUGGGUCAGUAUAAAAAUAACUUCAUGGCAGCAGGUUUCACAACUUUGGAUAUGGUCUCAAGAAUGAAUAUUGAUGACAUUAGAAGAAUUGGAGUUGUACUCAUUGGACACCAGAGACGAAUAGUCAGCAGUUUACAAACUUUGCGGUUACACAUGAUGCACAUACAGGAGAAAGGAUUUCAUGUAUGAAAGUACUAGAACCAACUGUGUUUUGUGCCUCAGCAUUUCUAAAAUGGAAAAAUAUUCUCAUUCUUUCCUUCUGCUCUUCCCAACUUCGAGGACUGCAGUCUCCUGUUCAGACUUUACAAGUACUUCAAUGAUAAUGCUUCCAAACCGGAGUUUUUAAUCACACCACACAGCUCCUCCACCAGUUAUCUGCCGAUAAAAUCCUGGCCUACUGCAAGACUCUUGCUACACAUUGAUGAAUAACUCAGCAUGGAUGUGUAACUUUGUAUAACAGUAUUUGGGAAACUUUCAUGAACUUACUUGAAAGUAGUAAUCUAUUUGGCCUGGUGUGGCUUCUUUAUCGAUGUAUUUAGAGUUUGCUGGUAGAUCAAAAAAGUAUUUGACUUAUUUCAUGUUCUGUGACCAUGUAACUUCCAAUACCAAAUGUGCAAUCAAAAAGAAGUUUAACAUAAAUAUUUAUUUUAUCUCUUAAUUAAAUCCAAAUGUAUGGGUCCUAUCA